AUGGCUCCUCGCACCGACUUCCCUCCCAUCCGGGCUUGCCUCUUCGACAUGGACGGCCUCCUCCUCGACACCGAAGACCUGUACACCGCCUGCAUCAACCUCAUUCUCGAGCAGUAUGGCCGCCCUCUCCUCCCCUGGAACAUCAAGGCCAAACUCCAGGGUCGUCCCGGCCCCGACGCCACCCGCAUCUUCCACGAGUGGGCGCAGCUCCCCAUUGCCCACGACGAGUACCAUCAGAAGCUCUCCGCCCACCAGCGCGAGCUCUUCCCCACGACCGGACCCCUCCCCGGCGUCCCCGACCUGCUCCAGAACCUCGGCCGCACCCGCUACUGGGACCUGAAGCCCCGCGCUGACGGCAACAAGGACCCCCACCGCGUCCACAUCGCCCUGGCCACCUCUUCCCACGAGGCCAACUUCAAGCUCAAGUCGGACCACCUGACCGAGCUCUUCUCCGUCUUCCCCUCCCACCGCCGUGUCCUCGGCGACGACAAGCGCAUCGCUCCCGGCCGCGGCAAGCCCAACCCGGACAUCUUCCUGCUCGCACUCAAGACCAUCAACGAGUCCCUUGGCGACGGCGAGAAGCCCAUCACCCCGGAGGAGUGCCUCGUCUUCGAGGACUCGGUCCCCGGCGUUGAGGCUGGCCGCCGCGCCGGCAUGCGCGUCAUCUGGUGCCCCCACAAGGGCCUUCUCAAAGAGUACGCCGGUCGCGAGAAAGAGGUUCUCGCCGGCCGCACUGGCGAGGCCGGCCAGGUCGACAUGCACCAGGUCGGCGAGAUCGACGACGGCUGGGCCGAGUACCUGCCCACCCUCGAGGACUUUCCCUACGAGAAGUUCGGCAUGACCAUCCCCCCCGUCGAGGUUGACAACGAGCCCUUCAUGAAGGAAAACGUCGGCGACGUCCUCGUUGACAAGACCAACGGCUCCGCUUAG